AUGACAUCAUUAUCUCAGUUGUCAGAAAUACUCAUCCUACAAACUAAUGAACUUGAAAAAAAUGACUCUCUGAAGAGAAAAUCGAAAGGUCACCGGUGCUAUUUUUGUGGUGAGAGGUUUUUGGAUAAAAAUAUUUUGAGGAAACACAUAAGCAUACAUAAAGACAGAGAUUUCUUUUGUGAUGUUUGUGGGAAGGCAUUUUCUGCUGCAUGGGGAUUGAAAAAACACAUGAAAAUUCACACAGGUGAAAGACCUUAUCAGUGCGAACAUUGUGAUAAAUCUUUUAUUCAGAAGUGUACGUUACAAUUUCACAUAAAAGCAAUUCAUUCUAAUAAAGCUCAGCCACGAUGCAAAACUUGUGGAAAAAAAUUGAAAUCGUCUUCUUACAUGCAAUGCUGGCUAUGUAGGUAUGAAAGCAUAAAUGAUGGCGACCAGAUAACAAUUGGCAGCCCAGUACUAAUCAAAACAGACGAGUGUAUCCAGUCUAUUACCAGUGAGAGUCAUGAUUCUACCAUUUUAGAGCCAACGGGCGAGCACUCGACAGUUUUAGAUACUUCCGAAAGCCCUACGUAUGUUAUUUCACCAUCUGAAUCGUUAAAGUUUUCAUGUGGAUUUUGUAACAAAUUAUUUUUGACUGAUCUACAACUUAAGAAACAUCAAGUCGGACAUAGACAUGAACUAUUCUACAGAUGUGAACAUUGUGGUACAGAAUUUAGAGAUGCAGUUUCCAUGCAAAAACAUUUGAAGACUCACUCUAAUUUAAAACCUUUUGUAUGCCAACAGUGUGGUAAGGAUUUUCAAAAAAUUUACAAUUUAAAAAUGCAUAUGGUUACGCAUAAGGAGGGUAGGCCAUAUGUGUGCAAAAUCUGCAGUAAUUCAUUUAAAACUCUUCCUUGUCUUAAGCAACAUUUGAUUAGUCAUAGCACUGAGCGUCCAUUCAGUUGCAAAGAAUGUGGAAGUAGUUUUAAAUCGCCUCAAGUUUUGAAAACUCACAUAAUGAUACACAAUAAAGACAAGCGCCUUUCUUGCAAAACAUGUGGGAAGACCUUCACAAUUGCAGGCAAUUUGCAGCGACAUUUUCGUGUUCACACUGGUGAACGCCCUUAUCAAUGUAAAACGUGUGGUAAAAGGUUUUCUCAAUCAAAUGGUUUAAAGGCCCAUGAAUUAAUUCACACAAAGCCUGCAAAAGCAUAUAAUGAAUGCUUUUGCAAUGUGUGUGGGAGGAAAUUUAGAUUGUUUUCUAAUUUUAAAAAACAUAUGUUAUUGCAUGGUUAAUUAUUUUAAGUAAAGUUAAUUUUUUUUUUAAUGAAUCACAUUUUUUAAAGAGUUUUAAUUUACUACUAUGGGCAAGAAAGCAUAAUUUCUUCAAAAGGAUUUUUAUUUAUUAUUGUUGAAGCUAAUUUAUGUAGAAAAUAAAAUGUAUUCCCGAGUUGGGCUUAGUUUGAUUGUUGCUACUUACUAAAUAAA